ACAUCGUACCCGUUACUGGAACUUUUUGUUUCUCGUUCUCCUCGUGUCAUCAGAAACUUCAGCGCUGCUCAAUUUCCUCUCCCACCGAGACACAUAUGCGAAGGGACAGAAAGAGUGAAGGAGUAGGGUUUUUCUCUAUGAAUUUCAUGGUUUUAGGCUCGUUUCCCUAAAAUUUCUCAAACAGCUUAUUCUCUGUCUCUCCCCCGCAACUCAAUGGCGGAUCGCUUGGAGUCUUCGCCUCUCGUGCCUCCGACGCCGAUCGCCGAACCCAGCGAGAUCGAUCUCGAGGCUGGCCCUGGAGAACAAAUUCAAUGCAGGAUUUGCCUUGAAACCGACGGUAGGGAUUUUAUAGCUCCUUGCAAGUGCAAAGGUACAUCAAAGUAUGUACACCGGGAAUGUUUGGAUCAUUGGCGAGCUGUAAGGGAAGGGUUUGCUUUUGCUCAUUGCACAACCUGCAAGGCCCCUUAUCAUUUGAGAGUUCAUGUUGCUGCUGAUAGGAAAUGGCGAACCUUGAAAUUUCGAUUCUUUGUGACUAGAGAUAUUAUAUUUAUAUUUCUGGCUGUUCAGCUUGUGAUUGCGUCACUCGCGUAUUUGGUGUAUUUGAUAGAUGGCUACCAGCAGUUCUGGCUUCGUCUUGCAUGGGGUUUUGAUAGUGGGCUUAGUUUCUAUUACAUUUGCGGGGCUCUAUUGUUUUUUGCACUGCUUGGGCUGUCUGGAUGCUUUAUUACUUGCUAUGAUCGAAGAGUUCGCAAUGAUUUGGCUCAGCCUUGUCGAGAAUUAUGUCUUUGUUGCUGUCAACCAGGUGUGUGUGCAGAUUGUCACCUACCUGGUACUCUCUGUAUGUGGACUGACUGUACUACAUGUUUUGAAAGUUGUGCUGGUAUGGCAAGUGAAUGCGGUUGCUUAGGAGGUGCUGGUGAAGCAGGGUUGCCAUUGCUAUUUAUUAUGGCUUUGAUUGUUCUUGGACUUUUUACUGUGAUUGGGAUAUUCUACAGUGUGUUGGUGGCCACAAUGGUGGGGCAACGAAUUUGGCAGCGUCAUUAUCACAUACUUGCGAAAAGGAUGCUUACAAAGGAAUAUGUGGUUGAGGAUGUAGAUGGUGAGAUGACAGGAUCUGAUUGGUCGCCUCCACCUCUCCCGCCAGAGCAUGUUCAGCAGCUGAAAACACUUGGUCUCUUAUGAAAUCAAAGGUUGUAUUUCCUGUUAACAAGAAUAAGGCAAUGUUGAGAUGGACUGGCCCUCUAUUAUGGUCAGUCGGUCCUUACCAGGGACCUUCCAGAGUCUAAAACAGUUGUAUUGACAAAAUCUUAAAAGGCACUCACUCUUCAUCCAGUCAUUUGUACAAGUUUGAAUGAUAAUUUGUGAAGAAGUUUCAGAAAUUAUUACUAUUAAUAUCACCUACCCUUCAGUAAGUGUAAGAAAACAGGUUUACAUACACCUUGAAGAACUAACAAUUGGCAUAUUGAUGAUUCUUUAAUGCAAUGUUCUUGUGAUUGGAA